AUGCCGCGGCUCUCGAGCGCAUCGCAACUCGCUUCGGCCCCACUUCAGGUCCCAACCUCGAACACCUGUCACGCUAGGCAUGGUAAGUCGUGGGAAGGCUUCGGGGCAAUAAUUUUAAAGGUUUUGCAUGUUGGCAAACAUUGUUCGUGGAACGAGGGGGUUUGGUGCGGUAAAAGUGAAAUUUUUAGAGAGAGGGGGAGAUUUUUCAGGUGGGGAAAGGAAGGCUGUUUUUUAGAGAAGGAGUCUUUGUAAAAGUAUUUUUUAGGAAGGAGGGGGGGUAGUUUUUUUGAAUUUAAAGGCUGUUUUUUUUGGAGAAGGGGGCAGUUCUUAAAGUGGAGUUUAUAUUUUAAGAUUAAGGAGUAAGUUUUGGGACAAAAGUAUAUUAUCAAAGUAAGGUGGGCUUUUUCUUAUUUAGGUAACAUAAGGUUUUUUUAGGGGUAAAAACAGGGUGAUAUAUAGCCUAUGACAUGGGGUCAUGGCUUUUUCUGGUUUGGGUAGGGCAAGCAUAUGAAAAGGGAAGGGUAGGGCAAGGCUAAGCCGAAGCUAGUGCAAUUUUAUGCAUGCCUGGACCGAUAUUUAGGCUUGGCCGUGACUUAUGUUUAAGACAAGUUAUUUUAGAAGGUAUUUAAGAUACAAUGACAACACAUUUUUACUUUAUUUUCAGAAAAAGAUGACAAAACGAUAGAAAGCAAUAGCCAAACCUUCAAAAUGGUGAAAUCUCUACUAUUUUCUUUAAAAUUCUACCGGUAUUUUCUUGCAACUUCCACUAAACUACCUUUAUAUCUACCCCUUCUACUCUUCUUCCAACUCAUACUUCAAACCAACUCAAUACAAGCCCACCAAAUCUACCCAGAAGUCGAGGAAAACUUUGUAUGUCAACCAUGUUCUCAUCCACUAAAUGGCAUCGUACUCAAGUUGUCUCAAAAUCAUGCACCGUGCAUUCACCCUGGCCAGCCACUUUUCAAAUGGCCAAGUUCGGCGAAAUGCUCAAUACCGGUCGAUUUCUACAGUGAUGACAUUAGUUUUGACAACGAAAAGCUGAUGGUGUUCUCAAAGAGAAGGAUUUGCUUUUUUUUCUGGCGAAUGGACAUUGUCGUAUAGGUUCAGGUGCGAACUGGAUGAAGACGCUGCUUGGCAGUGGAGUCAGAUCAGGAUCGGGCAUGAGGUGGGGGUGGUUUUUGAUUUUUGGGAUGAUAGGGGCUGGAAAUGAAAAAAAUCAAAAUUUUUUUUUGAAUUUUAAAAUUUGAAAUUUUUUUAAAAUUAAAAUCUUUGAAAAAAAAAUUUAAAAUUUAAAUUUUUUUUUAAUUUCAAAUUAAAAAAAAUUUUUUGAAAAUUUUGAAAUUUAAAAAAAUAUCAUUUUAGCGCUUCAACCUUCAACGCAGAGUAAAGCGCUCCUGGCUGAAACGUCGGAACCCGAAGCAUUCUCCAAUCCAUUUCCAACAAGAUCGAUAUGUAGCUGAGAUUCCAGAGGAUAUUGAGAUCAGAUCCACUGUACUUAAGGUUCACGCUACUCAUGCCAACAACCAACCUUUAUAUUACACAUUAUCAGCGCCGGAAGAUCAACGAUCAGCUGAUUUGUUCGCUCUUGACACUGUUACUGGUAAAAGUUUUGCUUGUUUUGUUAAUUUAUGUUGGACAUCAUAAAAUAUUAUUUUGUUCAAAUACUUCUGUGCUCCUUAACUUUUAAAAGUUGCUUUGAGAAAGGGGCUCAGAAUUACUUGAACAACUUAGUAUAAUAGUUAUUAAAAGUCUUUUUAUGGCAAGGUAUUGCUGAUUUUGAACUUUUUGUUACCUAAAACAAAGUUUAUUCUAUAAAAUAUUACACAAAACCACGUUUUUUUCCAAUAUAUUACCUAAAAUCACCCUUUUUUCAAAAAAAAAAUAUUACCCAAAAUUUAAUUUUCAGGAGAAAUCAGAGUAGCCAAGAAGCUGGACAGAGAAACUCUGGCACGGCACGUUCUUAAACUAAGCGCCUACGAACGUUUAGACCCACAAGUCACGGCGACAACAACAGUAGUGGUCGAUCUUAUUGAUGUACAAGAUAACAAGCCCAUCUUCGAGAAACAAAAUUAUUAUGCUGAUAUCAGGGAAGACGCUUCGGUAUGUUAACCAUGCUUAACAAAAUAUUAUUUUUGAGCAUAUUUGUUUACUUUUUAUUUGGUUGAGACAUUUGGCCGCUUUUGAGGUUUGGCGAUCUGCGUCCAAUGAAAGCGCAGGCUGCAGGACAAGAUUUUGGGAUUUCUUGCUUGAUAAUGGUAUAGAAUGAUAGUUUUGUUAUAGAAAUGAUAAUAUUUGUGAUUUUUUUUGACAAGGUCUAUGAUUUUUAAUACCUACAUGCUACUAAAAAUUGUAUUUUUAUAAAUUUCACCGACAAAAAAAAUAAAAAAACCUUGUUUCAGAUAGGAACAACGGUUAUAUCAGUCUUCGCUCGAGACCUAGAUGCCGGCCAAAAUGGUGAAAUCACGUACACACUUACCGGAGACGAACAAUACCUAAAACUCUUCUCAAUCAACCCAAACAGUGGAGUAAUUCAAACAAUAUCCGAGUUGGAUCGUGAAAAGGUAUCAUCAGUCAGAAUGAAGGCUGUAGCUAUGGAUCACGGAGAGCCAUCGUUCCAGUCCGAAGCCAAUUUGGAGAUCAACAUCUUGGAUGUGAAUGACAACUCACCUGUCUUUGAAAAAGAUUCAUACAACGUCACUAUCAACGAAAACGUCACCACACCCACAGUAAUAUUGAAGAUCUCGGCUACAGACUCGGAUUCUGGAGUGAACGGGGAAGUUCACUACAGUAUAGUGACUUCAUCUUCUGUAGGAUUGUUUUCAUUGGAUUAUGAUUCAGGUGAUUUGACGCUACGAUCCGCUCCAGAUCCACGACAAACACCGUACUCUUUGUUGGUGCGAGCCAAAGAUGGUGGACAGCCGGCAAUGAGUACCACGGUUCAUGUCACAGUGAAUAUUGUGGAUGUGAACGAUCAUGCGCCGACGUUUUUGGGUGCUACAAUGCAUGAAAUCAACGUGGAAGAGAAUCUACCGGCCGGUCGAGAGCUUGGUCGAUUAUUUGCCAUGGACGAAGAUUCUGGAAGGAACGGUGAAGUCAGAUAUUAUCUACAGUCGGAGGAACAACCAUUAGAUCGAAAGGUAUUGGAAAAUGAGUCUUCAGCUUCUGAUUCUUCAUCAGCUACAGAUUCUACUUUAAAACCUUCAGAAGCUUUUACGAUAGACGAGCUCACUGGCGCUCUGAAGACCAAUACUGUGUUAGACAGAGAAGUGAAAGACCGAUAUCAGUACAAAGUGAUAGCCAAAGACCUAGGCGACCCACCCCUUCAAACCUCGAUCCAACUGUCCAUCACCGUGAUCGAUGUCAAUGAUAAUGCACCCAAGUUUGAGAAGCCAGAGUAUAUUCUGAAUCUGAGUGAGAAUUCACCGAAAGGAACUCAGAUUCUGGAUCUACGGGCUACAGAUGCGGACGCUGAUCAACAGUUGAGCUACAGGAUUGAAAGUAGUGAUAAGCCUUUGUUUGCGCUGAUUUCGAUGGGAAGUGAUCAAGGUACUGUGUUGUCUUUGACUCAGAAUUUCUCGCCAUUGGAUGACAAGAUCAAUCUGGUGGUGUCAGCUACUGAUCAAGGAGGAUUGAAGGUAAUUUAAUUUUAAAAUUUGAAGUUUGUGAAAUUUUAAAAUUUGUCAAAAUUUCAUUUUUCUCAAGCUUUGUUUUUAUUAGUUUAAAAAAAGUAUUGGCGUUUUUUAACAUAUGAAUACGUAGAGUUUGACGACAAGACUUUUCUAAAGUUUUCAAAUUAAAUUUUUGAUUUUAAAAUUCAUUUUAAGGGCUACACAAACGUGACAAUCAUGAUAAACGACGAGAACAGUGCUCCUGUGUUUGUUGAUGUACCAGUCAGUGUAAAAGUGUCAGAAUCAGCCCAAGUUGGAUCGCCAGUAGUUCAAAUCAAAGCUAAAGACAAUGACAGAGGAAUCAACGCUGAGCUACUGUUUUCCGUAGAUUCUGACGAGUUUUUGUAGGUUUUUUUGAAUUUUUUGACAUAAAAAAUAAAAGUAUUAAUGGUCAAAGAAGUCACGGCGCUUUUAAAAGUUGUUUUGAACGUUAAAAAGCGACAAUACUUUUCUGAAGCUUUAUAUGUUGCCAGUUUGAAGCCUAUGUCAUUAAAACUCGAUUCAAAAUGACUUUUUUUUAGAAUUGACAAUCACACAGGCCUAAUAACCUUGGCCAAAGAGCUGGAUCGAGAAACUAAAGCUGCCUAUUCACUGACAAUCACAGUAACUGAUAACGGGGUUCCAGCCAUGAGUGCAGCUACUAUUCUAGAGGUUUUUGUUGAGGAUGGUGAGUUUUUUAAACUUUUUUCAAAAAGGCUUGUAAAACAUCGUAAGGUCUCAAAAAAGCUUUCGGGCGGGCAUUAGAAGUACGUUUUACAAUAUUGGCAAUAUUUUCAAAAAAUUUAAAUUAAAGUUAUACAUAGAAAAAGCUAUUUGUUAAACGUUUAUAAGCGCAAUAAGAGUAGAAAGGCGUAUUUUACAAAAAAAAAUUUUUCAUCAAAAAACCUUAAUUUUGGGUAGCCCCGAAUAAAGCUAGCCGCCCUUUCUCCCUUUUGUACCUAUUGUAUUAAUACGCGGCAAAAAAUGAAAAAAGAAAUUUAUGACCGGAACGAAUUAGGGGUCAUCUAAUUCCAACAUAUUGUAUUUGCUUUUAUAUUAGACCAAUAAGCUAUAAUUUGAAAUUACUCUACCAUUCCUUACUGUGUCCUACCUUAUCCUACUUUACUUUACCACACCCUACCCUACCCUACCCUACCCUACCCUACCCUACCCUACCCUACCCUACCCUACUCUACUCUACCCUAACCUACCCUACCCUAUCCUACCCUGCCCUAACCUACCCUACCCUAUCAUACCCUACCCUAUCCUAAACUACCCUACCUUAUCUUAAACUACCCUACCUUAUCUUUUGGUUUACUCUACUCUACCCUACCUUACUUUGCGCUGCUCAUUUUUUGUUCUGCCCUUUUCUUUCCUAUUCUGCCUUGCCCUACCCUACUGUUUCAUUGCAGGAAUGUCGUAUUUACAGUUCUUUGCCUCUUUCAAAAAAUGUCAGAAGAUUACGUACUUGUAAACAAAGUUUCUUCAUUUUCUUUUAUAUAAUCUAUGUCUUACUGUUUUUAAGCUUAAUCUUUUGAUCAUUUCACCAAAUUUUUGAAAAUUUUACUUUCCCAAGCUUCCAACUUGUUAAUGACCGGAAGAUAUUCAUAAUUUUUUUCACGCAAAAAAAAACGCCAAGAUGAAUUGACUGGCGGUUGAAAAUGGCCCAAUUUGGAUGCGAGAAAUUUUUUGUUUUAAAAAAUGGAAUUGAGCGAGCGUAAAGGGCCGAAUGAAUGGCCAAAUGGGCCCUACAAUGAGCGCAUUUGACCGGCCUUAAAAGGCUAUUCAUCGCCAGUUUUUUUGGAAAUUGCAAAAAAGAUAAUGAGCUCAUUGAAAUGGGGAAAAGAGUGGAAAAAAAGUUUUUACACAAAAGAAAAAUUUUUUAAUCAAUAAUUUUAAUCAAUAAGUACGUGGAGAACCCUAAGUUUUUGAUCAGAUCGAUAUGUCUGCUGUAUAGCAUUAAGAAGGAAUGAUCGGUAAGAUAAAGUAGGGUAAGGCAGGGUAAAGUAAAACAGGGCAAGGUAGUGUAAUGUAGGGUAGGGUAGAGAAAGGUAGGGUAGGGUACGGCAUGGUAGAACAUUGUUAGGUAGGAUUUGGAAACGUCGAUAGGAUAGUUUAGACCAUAGUAUUACGUUUUCCUAGUUUCCAUAAAAAUUAUUUUCUUACUGUACUUUUUCCUACCCCCGAACGUCUUUCACAGUCGCACAACAAAUUGGGAACAUACGGCGCGGUUGAAUUAAUAUUCAAAUCCGCAUUAUUGCUUCCGUUUUGUUUUUCUUGGCACUUCAAUUAGGACAAGGGGUUCUAAUUAGGCCAAAUUAAAUUUUUGUCCACAAUAUGUCAUCAAAACUGGUGGGAUUAUAUUAGUUUUGUACAAAAAUAUGAAUAUCGUGAGGUUUGUUUAUUGUUUGUUACCUAAAAUAAGAUAAAAAUCAUCCUUGGUAUAUGUUAAAGAAGUCUUGACGUGUUUCUGUGUAGAAAACAAUGUACUUUGACGACAAGACUUUUUGGAAUGUUUAAUAACCGUUUUGCCAGUAUUUUAGGUAACACUUUUUAGUAGUUUAGGUAACAAGAGAGCAAAAAAUCAACUUUUUAUUAAAGAAUAGUAACUUCUUUGUCAUGUCCAAACCCCCUCCAUCAUAUAAUAUUAUCCAUCAUGCCUCGAAACCCCCCUAAUAUUUACGAAUUCAAACCCAAACAGUAUAACAUUUCCUAUUGAAUUUGGCGCGCGCAACGCACGUCUUUAAACAAAGUGUAUUUGCCAUGUAAUGAAUGGAAAACAUGAAAUAUCAUGAGAUAAUUACGACCGGAAAUUUGCAUGAAAUGCAAGAUAUAUUACACAUGACAGAACAUACGAUACUAUACUUGAAAAGUUUGAUUGAGGACGGAAUACUGUAGAAUUUUGGUUUUUAAUUGCAAUAUGUGAGCAGGCUCUACCCUAAUAGACCCUACCUUAAACUCUACGUUAUCUUUCUCUACCGUUCUCUACUCUACCAUACCUUAUCCUACCCUGCCCUAAGCUACCUUACCCUAUUAUACCCUACCUUACUCAACCCUACCAUACUUUACGCUAGCAUAACGCAUAACUUACACUUUCCUACCCUACUUUAUCUUAACAUCUUUACUAUACCCUACCUUCCGAUAUCGUAUCUUAUCCUACCUUUCACUACAAUACCCAACCCUACUUUACCCCUCCCACAAAAUUUUUUUUUAAUUGAGUAAAAUACGAACGUGAUAAAAAAUUCUUUAAUUUAAAUAAUUUUUAAUUUCAAUGUUUAAAUUUCAAUAAUGGCAUAUUUUGUGACUUCUUUAAUCAAGUGCUCGUCCCUAAGGACACAAGUGCGCAGAUAAUUUCAAAGCUCAUUUAAACGCAAAUCUGCGCCUUUUUUGUGUCGCGUUGUGCCAUCUGAAUCCAUGGAAAAAUUAAUUUCAAAAUUGGGAUUUGUAAAAUACGACAACUCGCUCUGAAAAGUCUAAAAAUGAAAAAUUAAAAAAAAUUUUUUGAAAAAUUAAAGUUUGCAAAAUUUUGUAAAAUACGUUAUAGACCAUCGUAUCCUGCACCAGUGAGAAGGAAUUUAAAAAUAAAAGAUAUAAAAAAUCAAAAAAAGGUAUGGCAAAAUGAUCGUUUUCAAAAAAAAAAAAAUUUAUGUAACAAAUCAAGUUCGUAAUGCAAUAUUAAAAAACAUAGUACAAUUGUCAUCAAAUCCGCCAUGGCAUUAGUCAUAUUUUUCAUUACUCAUCUGUCACUCAAAGAAUGCACCCGAAACAUUUCGUUGAUGCCCUUUGGGCAUAAAAAAACUAAUUUGCAUACAAAGUGAAAAUGCGAAACGUUGAAUGCCGGAAGAUAAAAAUAUUGAGGUUUUUAGGCUUAAUAUUAUAAAAAUUAUUUAAAUUUGCAUUAUGUGAACAGACCCCGCCUUAAUAUACAGUUACCUUGCCCUACCCUACCUUAUCGUAUCAUUACCUACCCUACCUUAAUCUACCAUAUCGUACCCUACCAUAUUCUACCAUACCCUACAUUACUCCACCACAUCCUAAUCCACCCUAUCUAUAAUAAAAAUUUUUCCUCCUGCCCUGCCCUUUAAUAACAUAAUAAAAUGUCUGGGUAUGGUAGGACUGUAAAUAUGUAUACAUUAUAAGCCAAAAUGGAAAAAUAACUUAAAAACUGCAUUUUCAGUAAACGACAACGCCCCUCGCUUCCUCCUAACCGAAUACCAUGCCCGUAUCAAAGAAGACAUGCCAGUGGGUACCAGUUUCCUUCAAGUCCAAGCUCUCGACCCAGAUGAAGGCCAAAACGGCGUAGUCGACUAUUUUCUCAACGAAACUGAUGAAUUUGUGAAGCUGGACGCCUUCAGACUCGACCGAACCUCAGGCCUCCUCAGAAUCCACAAGAAUCUUGACCGUGAAUCGACCGAAAAGUUCAUUUUACCAGUCAUAGCUCAAGACCGCGGUAAUCCACAACAAAUCUCAUAUGCUACAGUGACCGUGGAGUUGGAGGAUGUGAAUGACAAUGCACCUCAAUUUGAGAAGGCAUCUUACAGUUUGUGGAUCGCUGAAAAUAGUCCUAUUGGUACAGUUGUGGGCACAUUGGUGGCUACAGAUGCUGAUGUUGGAGCUAAUGCGCAUAUCGACUUCAAAAUUUUUGGCGGUUCUGAUGCCAAAUUGUUUGAAAUUGAAACAGAUGACAAGCAGAAUGGAGUGGUUAGGAUCAGAUCAAGGGCCGAAUUUGAUUAUGAAGCCAAGAAUAACAAGUUUUAUGUCGAAUUACAGGCUUCUAGGUAAGGAAAUAUAAAAAAAUUGUUAACCACUCCCUUUUCAAAAAAUAUUACCCUGCCUAAAUAAUAAAUAACGGAUAAAUUAUCCACAAACCCCCCAAACCACCAAAAAACAACAAAAACGCAUAAUUUUUAAAAACUGAACCCGUUUCACCUAAUUAGACGAAAUGUAAAACUUUGUGGCGUUUCGUUGACUUAUUAUCGAAAAUUUUGAAUUUCACAAUAUUUGACUUUCUUUGGUUGUAAAAUGAGUAAAAUACGUUUCUUCGUUACAAUAUUGUGCACUUCAGCGGCCAAUUGAGUUCAACAGUCCCAAUAACGAUCCACGUGAGCGAUGUGAACGACAACAAACCUCAACUCAACGAUUUUGUCGUUCUGAUCGCUCAUUUCCAGGACGAAACCUUUGAAAAUGUGAAUGUUGGGAACGUUCCUGCUUUGUAUGUUUAUUUCCCUUUGAUUUUCUUAUUGUGUAUUAAAAUUUUGAGGCUUUAAACUAAUUUUAAACUUUAAUAUUUCAAGUUUUCCGAUGUUGUUUUAGAUUUUACUUGAUUUUUUGAGUAUUUUGAAGGUUUUUAGGUAUCAAACAAGUUUAUGUCGAAUGAAAAUUGAUUAUAUUUGGUGUAUUUUUAGUUAGAAAGAAAGAAACUCGUCAAAGUUUGCUAUUUUAACGAUUUAUAUUGUUUUAGUGACCCAGAUCAAAACGCGACUCUUGAAUACUACCUUGAGCCAAAUCAGCUACUGGAAGUUGAAUCUUUUACCGGGGCUUUGAGGUUAAAAGGACAAUGGAAAAGGCAAUUGGAUGCUGAGAACAAGGCUUGUGUGUCAGGUAUGAACUUUUAUUAUGUUUUUGUUUUUGGGUGACAAGUUAAAAGCAGUUAACCUUGAUCUUUCUGUGGAUUUUUAAAAAUUAAAGUGUAAAAUACGUGUUGCGCUGAUAAUUGAUCUAAAUAAGGUUGUUCUGUUUGGUAACUAGAGUUUAAACUCAAAGAACUUGCUUUUAAUUACCUAAAUUUCUAUUAAAAAAUUAUUUAGAUGGUCCAAACACGGUGUGUGCCACAGCACGAAUCAUUUACGUAGCUGUAGAUGAGGAAUCUCUUCGAAAUUCGGUUUCUUUGGAGAUAAUGGGCAUGAAUAGAGAUACUUUUUUGGAAUCGACAACUUUCGAACGGUUUAUUGGAUCAAUCACAGCGUUGGAUCCGGGCUGGUUACCUGAAGAUGUUAGAGUUUUUGGAGUUGAAAGUGUUCAAAGCAAUGGCAAAAUGAGACUAAACGUUAGUCUGUUUGUUAGUCAAGAUGAAAUGGCAGUAAAGUAAGUUUUUGAUUGAUUUUUUGUGAAUUUUAGGCUUGGUUUUGAGGCGUAUCUACUGUUUUUUAGUUGUUUUAGGCGUGAUUUUGCUAAUUUUUAAUGAUUUUUGGUAAAUCAAUGCCAUUUUUCAAUAUUUUAAGCAGACGUUUUGCCAUUUUUUAAAACUUCAUACCUAAAUCUAGCCAAAAUACAUGACCAAACCUAUAGUUUGAGGAUUAAGAAGUCGGGGGUACUAAAUUACAGGCUUCUAAAAGUGCGUUGUUGCGUAAGAAAUGGGCUCAAGAGAGUGUUAUUUGAAGAGGGAGGGAUAAGUGCGCGAAAUUGAUGGGACAGAUGAUGGAUUAGGCCAUAAUGUAAUUAAAAUACGGUUGUUUGACUGUAGCACUUGGGUCAUUACAGGAAAUUUGCAUAAUUUUUGAGAGGAAUUAGGAUUAAUGGCAAGAACAUGAAGUUUGUUACCUAAACAUGAAGAAAACGUUGAAAAUGGCAAAAAAUUGAAAAAAACUAUCAUUUAUUACUUAAAAUUAAAAAUAUGUUACCUAAGAUAGAUAAAGAUAAAAGACAAUGAACGAAAAAUGACAUAAACUGAAAAAUUUUACCUAAAAAUUAAAAUUUUAAAAAAUUUACUGAAGAAACUUUCUUUACAGCCCGCACCGAAUCGAAUCAGCCGACCAAACCGCAUUAAGUGCCAGGUUUGAUAAUCAAAUAAGAAUUCUUAAAGAUGACAUGUGUGUCAACGAACCAUGCCCAUACUAUCAACAAUGUCGUCGGACUCUAAAAUACGACAAAAGUCAACCAGCGCUGGCGUUUGAAACGGACAACUUUUUGUUCAGAAGUUUGGCUACAAUAAGAUCUUUCAAAUGCGAAUGCCCUCAAGGGUUUACUAGUAGGUUUUUGUUAAUAAUUUUGUAAAAUACGGCCUGGCGAAGUAGGUUUUUAGAUUUAUAUAAAAUUUUUGAAUUUUGAAUAUUUCAAAAAUUUGAGCACAUUAGUAUAAUAAGUAGAUAAAACUCAACAAACACGAAGUAAUUUUAAACAAAAAAUGUUAAAGGUAAAACACGUUUUUUUUUGCUUCAUAGUUUUUAAUUUAUGCUUUAUUUAGCUAGUCCAACAAAGCCAGGAAUCUGCAAUGAUCGUCUGGAUUUGUGUUAUAGUAAUCCAUGUAUGAAUAAUGGCACUUGUGUAGCUUUGGAGACUUCAUACAAGUGUAUUUGUCUAUCAGGCAGAAUUGGUGGGUUUUUUUAAUUUUUAGGCCAAAUAUUUUUUUUUCAUUUUUAGGUAACAAAAUUGGUUUUUUAGUUUAAAUUUUUACUUUAUUGAUUUUUAUAGUGAAAUUUUGAUUUAUAUGCUUUUUUUGUUUAAAACAGAAAAAAUUCAAUUUUAGGUAACAACUGUGAGCUCUCGGAAAAAGUCGACACAUGCCUGCCAAACUACUGCCAUUCUGGCGCUCAAUGUGAACGAACUCCAACCCGUGAACAGCAAUGUCUUCACUGCCCCUACACACCAUUAGAAGCCGACUCCAGAUGUCGGCUACGUUCAGUCUCAUUCAACGGCGAUGGUUAUAUUGCAGUACCUCACGAAAUACCCCGCCUCGACUUUGAAUUGGAACUAACAUUUGCUACAACAUCCCUAAACAGUGUGUUACUGUAUGCAUCACAUAGUGCUGAGAAUCUGGAUGGGCAGGGUGAUAUGCUGGAGUUGAUUGUACAGGGCGUACCACGUUUAAGGGCAUCGUUGGGAGGGAGCUCGGUGGUGGAGUUGGGGCUGCCUGAUUGGAAGGAAAAUAGAGUCAGCGAUGGGGAAUGGCAUACCGUGCAUGUUAGCUAUCGGAAUUUGGUGAGGUUUUGAGAGAUUUGUUUUUAAUUUUAGGUGUUACUCACUAGGAAGGUUUCCUGUCUGUCUAGCCUACUUUUUUUUACUUCAAACUUUAUAUAGAAAGAUCAUGUAAAGCAAAGAUCUUUAGGAAUUCAAAAGAGGAUUUUUCAAUAUUUUUAGGUAACAAAUUAAUUAAACCUUUCCAGACUUUCCGCCUCUGGCUAGACGACUGUGACCCAGAGCUAGCCCUAAAGCACGCUGAUCAAGUUGGCUACAAAAAGUGUGCCACAGAAGCCAAAAUCAGCCUUCCAGCUCGAUGCUCAGACUUGGCUGUACCUUGUCAUCGCUUCCUAGAUCUUAGCAGCUCACUGUACCUUGGCGCACAGCCAAAGCACGUUGAGAACGGGUUUGUCGGAUGCUUAAAAGACUUCAAAAUCGACCAGAAACUCAUUCAUUUCUCUGAUUUUGACCGUCUCGAAAAGGUCGGUGAUGUUCAAGCCGGAUGUCGCAGAUUCAGACAAGACCACUGUGCUUUACAAAAGGCAUUAUUAUCAACUGGUCGAGAGCAGGAGAUCAAUAUUCACGUAGAGAAGGGCAUCAUGGAUGAGCCAUGUCAUCCGACUGCCAAAUGUAUCGACCAAUGGGAUGGUCGAGUGUGUAAAUGUCCUCACAGGGUACAUUCACAUCGUUCAUGCGCGAUGGAAACGGCCCACAGUGUGAAUUUGCAAAGUGAAGAGAGUUUCGUAUUGUGGAGACUACCGGAGGUGCCCAAGAAUAGUGUACUGUACUUUGAAUUCAGGACGAGAGAGAAGAAGACGCAGGUUAUGGUACUGGAGUUCGAAAUGAAAAGCGAUUUGUUCACUUUUGCGGUGAGUUUUGAGGAUUUUCGGGUUAUAAACGGCAUUCAGAUACCAAUACUAAAAGAAGGUCUUUGAAAUUUAGAAAAAACAAAUUUUAUUUUUCAGGCUAAAGAUAUUUUAAGGCAUAUAAUUAGGUAUAAAGUUAACUAAAAAUCUAUUUUCAGCUAGAAAACGGCCACGGCUCAAUAAGAUAUGGUCAAGAACAGUUCUUCCUCUCUUACCCAGACCUCUCUGAUGGUGAAUGGCAUUCAGUUCGGAUGGAUUUCGAAUCCGACACAUUAAUUGUGGAUCAUAUUCACACAAGAAACCUCAAAUCAACCCUAAAGGCAUCGACAACAUUAGUAAAAACCCAAUACCUAUAUUCAGGUAACGCCCCAUCAAUGGCAUAUCCACAAGAGUACCUCGGCUGCCUCCGGAACGUUGAGUUUGGAAGUGUGAAGCUAAAACCUCAAGAACAGUCGAAAACGAAGCCAGGAUGUAGUCCAACCACAAAUCCUUGCACUCAACAUGGCAAUAUUUGCCCUCCGGCAUCAACCUGCCAAAAACAAUGGGACCGACAUCAAUGUCAAUGUAGUCAAGGUCAUGUUGGAGAUGCCUGUCUGGAUAUAUGCAGUAUUCCUAACAUUUGUAAUCAAGGUUUGUGUAUAAGGAACAAUGCCACUAAGCGAGGCUAUGAAUGUGCAUGCCCUGAGGGCAAAACCGGUGAAAAUUGCGAAAAUGAAGCAUUGGAACAGGUAUGUCCUCCAGGAUGGUUUGGAGUAUUCGGAAGUUGUCGUAAGUGCGAAUGCAGAGCUGAUAGAGGCUUUCUACAACAAUGUGACGAAAAUAAUGGACAGUGCAAAUGUCGACCUGGGUUCUUUAGAAUGGUAAGUUGUAGUAGGGAAAGAUGUGGAGGGAGGGGGACUUUGGUGUGGACGGGGGAGGAAAUUUAAGGAAAAAUUGUUAAAACCUAUCUUCACUUUGAUUUCAGGGAGACCGCUGCACACCAUGUGAAUGUGGCUACGGAGCAGAAAGUUCAAGUUGUCAUCCCGAAACUGGCCAAUGUCAAUGUGCAGGAGAAGCCUCUGGCCGAAGAUGUGAUCGAUGUCCGCUGAAAAACAGAAGACCACAAUUACUCGACCGCAAAACCCUAAAAUGCCAAUUGACCAAAGAUCGAUGUCCAGCUGAAAUCCAACAAGGAAUUCAAUGGCAGACGACAGUAAGAGGUGUAGUGGCUCGCCAGUCUUGUCCUUAUGGUCAUAUGGGUAUAGCUACAAGGCUGUGUAGAGCUAACGGCGAAUGGGCUUCGGCAAAGACUUACAAUUGCACUUCUACUGUGUUGUUUGAACUCAGUGAAAGAAUCAACAACUUGAAUAUGGAUUCAAACUUUAUGGGUAGUGGUAAUACGGCCUAUGGUAAUAUGGGUGAUGCUUCUUCAAUUUAUAAUAGCCAAACUAGCAAUUCAGCCUAUGUUAAUGUAGCCAACAUGGCCAAUUUUGAUGUGUUAGAAGUGGCCAGAACCUUGGAAAACAUCACCUUAUGGGAAACCAACUUUGCAACUGGUCGAAACCUGGAUCUAGCUAUUGGAAUCUUAUCAACCAUGAUCAGAAAAGUAGAAGCCACUAAGGCUCACACAGUCGAUCAUCAAUUCACAAGAAUUGUACUGAAGAUUGCUGAUCAACUACUGGACUACAAGCUGAAUGCAGUUCAAUUCUUGGCUGUUUUGUCUAAGCUGUACGACUUUGGUACCAGUUUGUCCAAACUUCACGCCGAAAUGCCCUUCUUAAGACCAUUUUUCUAUCGAGGAGAAGAGUUUGUAUUCGCUGUUGACAUGGUUAAUGACAAAAGUAGACCGGUUCAGCUGCCAAAAGUUAAUGGAAUUUUGAGUUCGAGGAGUUAUGGAGUAGUUGAAGGUACUACAAUAUACGACAGAAGCCGUAGGGAUGUUGAGAAUGAUGAAAUUGAUAAGAAAGGUCAUGGAAAAGGUUCUGCUGAUCCUAAAGCAGAAGGUUUUGCUGACUCCAAGGGCUCACGAUCUCCCAGAAGUUCAGGAUUCAACUACAAUAACAGAAAUGACUUUAAACAAACUUUUGUUACAGUACCAGCCCAAAACGCGGCCGUAUUUUACAGUUUUGUGAGACCACAAUGUAAAAACUGUGGCAAUGGUAACAUCGUUCUGUUGAAGACAACACCAUUGGACGUGAAGAACAGCUACUACGACGGAAUGAUACAGCUGACCUUCAGAAGGGACGAUGUUAAUGUAGAUGAGGAUUUGAACAGUUUAAAGUAUCCGGAAUGUGUUCAAGCUGUAGGAUUGGAAGGAAAGGUUGUCAGUGAAAGGUAUGGCAGAGCAAGUGGUACUGAUGGUAAUGGAAAUGAAGGUUUUCGAGCUAAAAAUGGUAAUGAUGGUACUAAUUACAACAAUUUGGGUACGAUAAAUGAAGGCGAUCGUACUGAGAACGAUUAUCAUAGUACUAAAGGUAUUCGUACAACUGAUAACCGUGACGACCAAGAAUUCCGCAAUCAACCAUCACUAUACCAAGACAGCUCCUUAUCACUGGACUGGGCUUCAACUACAAGUUCCGGCCAACUAAUGUCGCUAAACCGUACUCAUGCGGUGUGCCGCUUCUCAGUAGACUCAUCUAAACCUAUCAGUGGCAUCUUCACCUUGCUCUCUAAAUCCGAUCAAAACGCUCUAAUUCAAUUCACAUUGGCCGGAGUUGGACGAUUACCGUAUACAGCACCGUUAUGUGCCGCGUUUGCCUUGUUCUUACUGUUACUGUCAGUUUUGGCCGCCGUAUUCAGACGAGACAUUGGCCAGAGAUUCGUGAAGUUGUUGUUCUUGUUCUCCUUCAUUUUCAAUGCUGGAGUGUUGUUCUUCUUGCCAAGAAUUCAGUUUAACAGCGUGUUUUGUGGAUUCAGAACGGCGCUAUUGGUGUUCAGCUCAAGUGCUGAGUUUGCAUGGCUAUUCUUGUUGACAUUGCAUCUAUACAGGAUAUUGGUGGAGGAAAGAACUACUUCAAAGUAAGGGAGAAAGCUUGGAAAUUUGAUAAAAAGGUGGUUUCUGGGUUGAUUUUUUUGAAAAUCUUGGUUGUCAGGGCUGUUUUGACCAAUUUUCAGUAAAAUAAAACGAUUUUUGACUAAAAAAGAGCUGAGAAAUGAAAAAAUAUUUUCAGUUACAUCUUCUCCUUCAUAUUUGGUCUCCUAACACCAUGUAUCGCAUCAACAGUAAUAUUCUUCGCAUCAGAUGGUUGUUCACUUCAAUUCGGAUCAAGAAACUUGUGGCUAAUGGCUGCUCCUGUUAUAUUAUUGCUAAUGUUAAGCUUCUAUGCAUUGGCGACCUCAUUUAUAGUGUCAUUCAGCAAACAGUACGAUGUUAUUGUAGCCAAACAUGGGCUGAGGAAAAUGCUGGGCAGUCAUGUGGUGUUGGUAAGAUUUUUUUAAAUUUUUUGACUGGUAAUGAGGGGGGGGUGGCAUACGUUAUUUGACAUUUAUUGAAAUUUUUUUGUUUUUCACAGAUAAUUUUGGAAAUUUUGAAAUUUUACUGAUAUUUUAAUGUUAUAAUGGCUGAUUUAAUGUUAUCCUUUUCAGCUAGUACUAUGCUCAACUCAUGUUGCGGUAUCAGUAUAUUAUUUUAUCUUCUGGACGCAACACACCUUCUUAAUGGAAGGUGUGACUAAUGUUGUCCUAGUGUUUGUGGCCAUAUACAUCUUUAUUUGGUCCAACUUUUUAGCCAAAACGGUAAGGAUAAAAAAUUUUUUUAUUUUUUAUAUGUAUAAAAUCGAAUUUUUAAUUAAAAGAUUGGGCAAGGUUUCAUGAUGGAAGGUAUAACAAAAUUUUUUCAGAAAUCCUUCAACAGAAAAUCAGAAUUUUGGCUAGAGCAACAUUCGGAUCAAAAGGUUGCUCCAGCUGACUUACAUCAACGUUAUUUGGAUCAGCCUGAUGCUCAUUCGCCAUUACUACAGACAAACAGCAAUGAUUCGAGUGAUUACAGUCAAGGCAAUCGAUAUCACGAAGCUGUGAAUGAUUAUAUGAGUGAUAUUGCACCAACCAACGCCACCUACAUGCAUCAUACCCUACAGAGGUCGUUGAAGCUUCAGCAGAGCACGGUAGGUUGGUCAGAUGGCUUUAAUUUAGGGUUUUGUAAGGAUUACUGUAGUUAGUGUUAGUUUGGAUACUAUAACCGAUUACAAUAGCAGUUUCUGUAGUUAAAACAUCAAUAUGACAAAAUUAUUUCAGAUUCUGUCGCCAAUUCCACCAUUCCCCAGACCCCUAGGAGCUCAGCUACAAGAUGACAUAGACUCGGUUCAAUCAUCGCCCUACACAACGAGGUCUCCUCUACUCACUCAGCAUGGUGAAUAUGUCAGAACGCCUGAGUAUUCUCAUCGUGAGGCCAGCAACUUUGGCACGGUACGAUCAAGUAUAGAUAGUCCGGCAAGAAGCCGGCUGGGUUCAGCCAUGGACGAUGGAAAUGACAUUUAUUAUUCAUUUACCGGUCGAAGAAAACGGUCAAAUCAAACAUGCACUACCUUUUCAUAG